AUGGAGAACUCAACGCAAUUCACGUCAUUUAUACUAGCUGGAUAUAGUGAUAGUGGACACUUAAAGUACUUGUAUUUCAUUUUAGUAACUGUGUUAUACGUCUCCAUAGUUUUUGCGAACACAGUGCUUAUUGUGGUUAUAUGUAUGGAGAGAAGCCUUCAUGAACCCAUGUAUCUGUUUCUGUGCAGUUUGUUUGUGAAUGAGUUGUAUGGUAGCACUGCUUUGUUUCCUGCUCUUAUGACUCAUUUGGUUUCAGAUGUCCAUGCAGUUUCCACUGUGUACUGCUACCUACAGAUCUUUUGCAUGUACACAUAUGCAUCUAUUGAAUUCAGCAAUUUAGCAGUCAUGUCCUAUGACAGGUACCUUGCUAUAUGUUAUCCACUACAGUAUAACGUCAUCAUGACACCCAACAGGGUGUGUAUUUUAAUUUGUGUAAUAUGGUUGUACACUUUUGUAACAAUUACCGCAGUACUGUCUUUAACUAUUCGUUUGCAAUUGUGUGGAAACGUUAUAGACAAACUAUAUUGUGACAACUACCUGGUAGUGAAACUUGCCUGUUCAACUUCAGACACGACAGUUAAUAACAUCUAUGGACUCUGUGUAAUUGUGUUGAAUGUCGUUGUCACUUUAAUUACUAUUAUGUCCUCUUAUAUUAAAAUUCUGACUAUUUGUUUGAAGUCUUCCAUCAACACCAGACAGAAAGCUUUCAGCACCUGUAUUCCUCAUCUGGCCUCAAUGCUCAACUUCGCUUUCGGCUGUUUCUUAACUCUGCUCCAGAGUAGAUUUGAUAGGCCUAUGAGAAAUGUUCCAACUGUGCUUCACACUAUUUUAUCAGUGUACUUUCUGAUGUGCCAGCCACUUUUUAAUCCUAUCGUGUAUGGAAUUAGGAUGGCUAAAAUCAGACAGGCUUUUAAAAACAUACUACCUGUAGGUCUCUACCCUAAAAGAUUAACCAAACAUUAGAGUGACCUUUUCUGUCCUGAUUGUUAGAUUUUUGUAUCGUUGACUUGUGUGUUUUGUUACUUAUAGGCUAGUUGCAAUAAUGAAUGGGGGUGAGGACGGCAGAAAUAAUUUGCUAAUUUGUGAAAUAUUGUCAUUUACCUUCUAUUCACUUGCUGAUCUCCAUUGGUUCCAUGUCUCUCAAAGAAUUGACUUAAAAUGAUCCUUGUGUACAAAGCCCUAAAUGGCAUCAAAUCCUCCUACCUAUCAGACGUACUCUCCCCUAUGAACCUCCACGCACCCUAAGUUCAAGCCACGCCAAACUGCUCCAUGCACCCAGGACCUGGCUCCACAGAAUGGAGGACUGUUUAUUUUCCUCCCAAGCACCACAUCUUUGGAACUCCCUUCCUGAAAAUCUCAGGGCUCCUCAGACUGUUGGGGCUUUAAAUCAGGCCUUAAGAUGUAUCUUUAUCGGCUGGCCUUCCCUUCCUCCUUGACUUUGAUUGGUUCAUGAUAUGGUUAUAAAUCAAUAUUAUUUUUUCAAAAUGUUUUUAGUUCAUCUUUUAUUUUAUGCACUUUGAGAUCAUUCUUGUAAUGAAAAGCACUUUACAAAUGUUGUAUAUUAUUAUUAGUAGUAGUAGUAGUAGUAGUAGUAGUAGUAGUUGUAGUAGUAGUAGUUGUAGUUAAAUAAAUAAAAACAAGAAGUUCAUGACUUCCUCUUCAUUACUUAAAUUGACACUUCUGCCUUAUCCAAGUAUGUAACAAAUCAAGACAUACAAAACCGUCUUGAUUGAUUGACAACAGUGAAUAUACCAAUGUAAAUGUGUAAAAGAUAAGGCCAACUUAUAGCCGACAUGGCACCAUUACAUCCAUCACUAAUGGAAAAUGGGUCUGUACGGUACAUACAGUACAAGCAUGAUGAUUGUUUGACAUUUUGAAAGAGAAAUCUCGGGAAAUACUGUAAAAUGAAAACCAACAAAAUUCGGUCAUGAAUCUGAAUGCAUGUCAUGUUAUCUGACGGCCAACUGUUUAAUGUAACAUGAUAUCUGUGUGCUAGCUAGCUGACAGAUGGCCAGAUACCUUUUUUGAGGUUAGGCGUCUUGUUUGUCCAGGGUCACUGUGAGAUAUGUUUGACCCAUAUAAUCCAGUAAGGGUCAAUGUAUUCCAUCCAUCCUUUAAAGAUAAAAGGGUGCCAUUUCAACACUUAAUAGCCAUAUUUUGUUACUGUUAGUAUUCUCAGCUACACUUAACAUUGAACUGUUCUUUUGCCUGUGUAAUAAAACUGUAAUUACUUUUGGAGCAACAUUUUAUUAGUAUGUUACAUAAUACUUUGAUAAUUGCAUUUUCAUUGCAUAGCAAUGAGCUGAGUUUUUGUAACUCCUGUGAACAACAGGAAUAGUGACUGUUCCUUAUUCCAACUUAUGUAAUAACAUUAUUAUGCAAUUAUAAACCAUUUACAAAGUCCUAGGUAACAAUGUUGCUAUUGUAAUAAUCAAAGUUACUACACAUGUAUAAGAACAUGAUGUAAAGUGUUACUGUAUUACCUUAUGUCUCUCAUUAUGAAAAUACACUGAUUCUACAAAACAUUAAGAACACCUUCCUAAUAUUGAGUUGCAAAUAUAUGUUUUUGUUCAGUGUAGUUGUAGUCACCUCCAAAGUAACUAUUUGUUCCCCCAAAAAAUACACAGAUUUUUUAAAUUUAUUCAACAUGCAACAAUUUGACUGAGUUACAGUCCAUAUAAGGAAAUCAGUCAAUUGAAAUAAAUUCAUUAGGCCCUAAUCUAUGGAGUUCACAUGACUGGGAAUACGAAUAUACAGUGGGGAGAACAAGUAUUUGAUACACUGCCGAUUUUGCAGGUUUUCCUACUUACAAAGCAUGUAGAGGUCUGUAAUUUUUAUCAUAGGUACACUUCAACUGUGAGAGAUGGAAUCUAAAACAAAAAUCCAUAAAAUCACAUUGUAUGAUUUUUAAGUAAUAAUUUGCAUUUUAUUGCAUGACAUAAGUAUUUGAUCACCUACCAACCAUUAAGAAUUCCGGCUCUCACAGACCUGUUCGUUUUUCUUUAAGAAGCCCUCCUGUUCUCCACUCAGUACCUGUAUUAACUGCACCUGUUUGAACUCGUUACCUGUAUAAAAGACACCUGUCCACACACUCAAUCAAACAGACUCCAACCUCUCCACAAUGGCCAAGACCAGAGAGCUGUGUAAGGACAUCAGGGAUAAAAUUGUAGACCUGCACAAGGCUGGGAUGGGCUACAGGACAAUAGGCAAGCAGCUUGGUGAGAAGGCAACAACUGUUGGUGCAAUUAUUAGAAAAUGGAAGAAGUUCAAGAUGACGGUCAAUCACCCUCGGACUGGGGCUCCAUGCAAGAUCUCAACUCGUGGGGCAUCAAUGAUCAUGAGGAAGGUGAGGGAUCAGCCCAGAACUACACAGCAGGACCUGGUCAAUGACCUGAAGAGAGCUGGGACCACAGUCUCAAAGAAAACCAUUAGUAACACACUACGCCGUCAUGGAUUAAAAUCCUGCAGCGCACGCAAGGUCCCUCUGCUCAAGCCAGCGCAUGUCCAGGCCCGUCUGAAGUUUGCCAAUGACCAUCUGGAUGAUCCAGAGGAGGAAUGGGAGAAGGUCAUGUGGUCUGAUGAGACAAAAAUAGAGCUUUGGGAAUGGGAAUACGAAUAUACAUCUGUUGGUCACAGAUUCCUUUAAAAAAAUGGUAUGGGCAUGGAUCAGAACCAGUCAGUAUCUGGUGUGACCACCAUUUGCCUCAUGCAGCGCGUCAUAUCUCCUUCACAUAGAGUUCAUCAGGCUGUUGAUUAGUACCUGUGGAAUGUGGCCCACUCCUCUUCAAUGGCUGUGUGAAGUUUCUGGAAAUUGGCGGGAACUGGAACACGCUCUUGUACACGUUGAUCCAGAGUAUCCCAAACAUGCUCAGUGGGUGACAUGUCUGGUGAGUAUGCAGGCCAUGGAAGAACUGGGACAUUUUCAGCUUCCAGGAAUUGUGUACAGAUCCUUGCGACAUGGGGCCGUGCAUUAUCACGCUGAAACUUUAGAUGAUGGCGGCGGAUGAAUGGCACGACAAUAGGCCUCAGGCUCUUGUCACGGUAUCUUUGUGCAUUAAAAUUGCCAUAGAUAAAAUGCAAUUUUAAUUGCCUGUAGCUUAUGCCUGCCCAUACCAUAACCCCACUGCCACCAUUGGGCGCUCUGUUCACAACGUUGACAUCAGCAAACCGCUCGCCCAGACGCCAGAGCGUCGCUCGCCAUCUGCCCGGUACUGGAUUAAUCUGUGAAGAGCACACUUCUCCAGCGUGCCAGUGGCCAUCGAAGGUGAGCAUUUGCCCACUGAAGUCGGUUACUACACUGAACUGCAGUCAGGUCAAGACCCUGGUGAGGACGACGAGCACGCAGAUGAGCUUCCCUGAGACAGUUUCUGACAGUGUGUGCAGAAAUUCUGCAAACCAGUGGAGGCUGCUGAGGGGAGAAUGGCUCAUAAUAAUGGCUGGAAUGGAGUAAAUGGAAUGGUAUCAAACACAUCAUGUGUUUGAUACCGUUCCAUUCACUCCAUUAUAUUUAAUUCCAGUUUCAUCAGCUGUCCGGGUGGCUGGUCUCAGACAAUCCUGCAGGUGAAGAAGCCGGAUGUGGAGGUAAAGAAAUGAACAUUAAAUUCUCUGGCAACAGCUUUGGUGGAUAUUCCUGCAGUCAGCAUGACAAUUGCACGCUCCCUUAAAAUUUGAGACAUCUGUGGAAUUGUGUUAUGUGACAAAACUGCACAUUUCAGAGUGGCCUUUUAUUGUCCCCAGCAUAAGGUGCACCUGUGAAUGAUUGUGCUGUUUAAUCAGCUUCUUGAUAUGCCACACCUGUUAGGUGGAUGGAUUAUCUUGGCAAAGGAGAAAUGCUCACUAACAGGGAUGUAAACAAAUUUGUGCACACAGUUUGAUAGAAAUAAGCAUUUUGUGCGUAUGGAACAUUUCUGGGAACUUUUAUUUCAGUUCAUGAAACAUGGGACCAACACUUUAUAUGUUGCAUUUAUAUUCUUGUUCAGUAUACAUAGACUGAAAAAAACCUGCAAUACCACAGCUAUCCCUUGGUGGUGCAGAUGUUUCAUUAUCUGGCUGCAGUUCUGAAAAGUUAAGUGUGCCUUGAAUUCUAAAUAAAUCACUGACAGUGUCACCAGCAAAGCACCCCCAUAUCAUACCUCCUCCUCCACGCUUCACGGUGGGAACCACACAUGCGGAGAUCAUCCGUUCACCUACUCUGCCUCUCACAAAGACACGGCGGUUGGAACCAAAAAUCUAACAUUUGGACUCAUCAGACCAAAGGACAGAUUUCCUCCGGUCUAAUGUUCAUUGCUCGUGUUUCUUGGCCCAAGCAAGUCUCUUCUUCUUAUGGGUGUCCUUUAGUAGUGGUUUCUUUGCAGCAAUUCGACCAUGAAGUAUUCUAAAAUUAAAUUGAUCCUUUAAUGAUGCAAGAAGCAAUGGUACAUUUAUUUAAUAAACAUUUUUUUUCAUGGCUUACUAACACGCACACACACACACACACACAGAGGGAAGGAACUCUUAGAGCAACAUAUAUAAAAGUUGCUCAACCUCAUUACAUUUCGUUGGGAAUCAUUGAUGGACAGCAAUACUCAAACCUUGUCUCUGAUUUUCAAGCAAAAUGUCAGUCAGGACUGAGACUAUACCACUCAGGAACACUAAACCGCUAUUGGAAAGCCAUUCUUGUGUGUCUUUGGUAUUAAAAGUUAAACUGAAAAAUAAAACGAUCUCAGGGUUAGGUUUUCAGAAGACUGAAGUGGGGUUUCCUCUAUCUUUUUACCUGGGCUUUGCUCCUUUCAUAUUUAUUUUGAUCAUGACAAACUCCCCAGUCCAUUCUGAUGACAAGCAUACCCAUACCACAAUUGAAAAUAGUGUUUUACUCUGUGUUGUGUUAUAUUUGACCCAACCCUGUAGUUUUUAAUUUAGGCGAAAACAUUUAUGUAUUUGCUAUGUUGUCUUGCGGUAUUACUUAACAGCCUUGUUGCAAACAGAAUGGAUGGUUUGGAGUGGAUUUUUUAACACAGGCUUCUUUCUUUUCACUUUGUCAUACAGUAAUAUAGAGUGAAUGCAAUGUUGUUGAUCCCUUUGUAUUUUCAGGUAUUAUUGUUCAUGAGAGAAAUGUGCAGUUAUGCACAUUUUGCAGUGGGGCAGGGAGAACAUUUAGCAGUUGUUUUUUGGUUGCCAGGGGGGACGGGGGGAAUUAUGUCACUUAUUGGCUGAGCUGGCACUGCACUAACCUAAACACCCACGGGAGGCUGAGAGUCAAACCAUGACAAUUUAAUUGUUGGUGUCAUUGGAGUUCAAGUAAACACACUGCUGUAUACAGGUUUUGUUCUUCCUUUAAAAGGUAUAAAAGGUCAGUGAUGUGACAGUAGUUUCUGUGGAAUAGCCCACUGACACAACAUACAGUAGACCUGUCUACACCACAGCAGUGUGAAGAAAGAUACCAGGUGAUAUAGACUUACAUACUGUUUUAAAAUAUAUGUAUAUGUAUGUAUAUAUUUGUAUUGGUGUUUUGAUUAUUUUUUCAGACAGUAAGAAAAUCAAAGUGGGACACAGGCAAGUGGGAGAAACAUGGACACAGGGAUUGAACCCUGGUCUCUGGUGGGGAGAUGUUUGUGAUUUAUGAUGAGUGUUACCACACCACAUCUCUGCACGACUCGCUUCCUGUUUGAUUCUCACACUAUGAUUGGAGUGUUUGUAAGUGUAACAGUAGAGGAAAGACUGGUAAACUGAGUGUCAAAAAUUGAACUACUCUAGCGAUAAAUUAUUUUGCUGUAUGGUCUACUCAAUGUCCAUUACAGCCACAGGUAACACUUUUUUUCCAUGGUGAUGCCUAUGGAAUCACUUUGAAGACUAAUACUGUUGCAAUAAUGAAAACAGUCUUGAUAAUUGAUGGCAAUUCUAAGAAUGAUGCAAUUAUGCGAUGUCAAUAAGAAAUUGAUAGUUUCACCUAAUAGACACUGUUAUCCUUGUCUUGUGGAGCAAAUAUAUCUACAAAUACUUCUAUAGGUACUAUUAGGAAAAUGGAGAACUCAACGCAAUUCACGUCAUUUAUACUAGCUGGAUAUAGUGAUAGUGGACACUUAAAGUACUUGUAUUUCAUUUUAGUAACUGUGUUAUACGUCUCCAUAGUUUUUGCGAACACAGUGCUUAUUGUGGUUAUAUGUAUGGAGAGAAGCCUUCAUGAACCCAUGUAUCUGUUUCUGUGCAGUUUGUUUGUGAAUGAGUUGUAUGGUAGCACUUCUUUGUUUCCUGCUCUUAUGACUAAUUUGGUUACAGAUGUCCAUGCAGUUUCCACUGUGUACUGCUACCUACAGAUCUUUUGCAUGUACACAUAUAUAUCUAUUGAAUUCAGCAAUUUAGCAGUCAUGUCCUAUGACAGGUACCUUGCUAUAUGUUAUCCACUACAGUAUAAUGUCAUCAUGACACCCAACAGGGUGUGUAUUUUAGUUUGUGUAAUAUGGUUGUACCCUUUUGUAACAAUUACCACAGCACUGUCUUUAACUAUUCGUUUGCAAUUGUGUGGAAACGUUAUAGACAAAGUAUAUUGUGACAACUACCUGGUAGUGAAACUUGCCUGUUCAACUUCAGACACGACAGUUAAUAACAUCUAUGGACUCUGUGUAAUUGUGUUGAGUGUCGUUGUCACUUUAUUUACUAUUAUGUCCUCUUAUAUUAAAAUUCUGACUAUUUGUUUGAAAUAUUCCAUCAACGCCAGACAGAAAGCUUUCAGCACCUGUAUUCCUCAUCUGGCCUCAAUGCUCAACUUCACUUUCGGCUGUUUCUUAACUCUGCUCCAGAGUAGAUUUGAUAGGCCUAUGAGAAAUGUUCCAACUGUGCUUCACACUAUUUUAUCAGUGUACUUUCUGAUGUGCCAGCCACUUUUUAAUCCUAUCAUGUAUGGAGUUAGGAUGGCUAAAAUCAGACAGGCUUUUAAAAACAUACUACCUGUAGGUCUCUACCCUAAAAGAUUAACCAAACAUUAG